AUGUCGGCGGAACAACAACAUUUUUUUUUGAAAUGGAACGACUUCCAGUCAAAUAUGGUUUCAUCAUUCAAACAUUUUAUGGAUGAAAAAAGUUUCACAGAUGUUACCCUAGCUUGUGAAGGACAGACAUGUAAAGCUCAUAAAAUGGUGUUAUCAGCAUGUAGUCCUUAUUUCAAGUCCUUGUUGGAGGAAAAUCCUUCCAAACAUCCAAUUAUAAUUUUGAAAGAUGUUCCAUACAGUCAUUUGCAGGCCAUAUUGGAAUUUAUGUAUUCUGGAGAAGUAAAUGUAUCACAGGAACAAUUACCAGCAUUUUUGAAGACUGCUGAGAGGUUGAAAGUGAAAGGACUCACUGAAGCCCCACAGUCCAUAAAACGUGAAGGAUAG